CCUGACGAUCUGACGAGUUUCAACCUAACUUACUAUCAUGCUGAAUGGAAAAACAGACAACCAGUUUGACAGGGUAGCGUCAUUGACUGCCGAUUAUGCCGAAACUCAAGCCGGGUAUUCAGAAUGGGCUACGAAAUAUGAAGAGGACAUGACCAACAUGGGAUAUAACGGGCCUCGGCAGAUCGUCAGCCUGAUGCACGAUGUUCUUGGCGGGGUCAUGACCCCCAGCACUGUCCGCGUGUUAGACGUACCGGCCGGGACCGGUAUGGUGGGAUCGGAGUUGCAGAAGCUUGGCUAUACAAACGCAGACGGUCUGGACGCUAACGCAGAUAUGCUGAAAGUUGCAGAGAGUAAACAUGUCUACCGGAGGCUGAUAGAGACUAAACUGGGCACAGGAGAGCUACCUGUAGAGCCUAAUACGUACGACGCUGUUCUGUUGGUUGGCGCCUUCACUCAGAACGGAACACAUCUCCCGUGUACAUGUCUUGACGAUCUCGUGCAGGUCACCAAACCAGGCGGACUCAUUAUUGUUGGCACUGGGUCUGAAACACUUCAAUCAGACGUAGGAUUGGCACUGGUGGCUAAGCUACAAGACCUUCAGGAACGCGCUCUGCUGUCAAUAGUCAACAAAACCACCCGGUCCGGUUACUUCAGGGACUGGGAAGGCACAUUUUUCGUCUGCAAAGUGACAUAAUGACAAAUAUCGUGUACAGUAGGGCAGGAAGUACUAUCACCGUUAGUCAUGGAAACCUUUGGUUAACUGCACUGAAACAAGUCCCCUUGAAAAUACUUUUUCACAUUUCAAUCUCAAACAUU